CUUGAGAUCAGAGGCAGCAGCCGAGAUGGUUUCUCCAGACCCUGGAAGCUCCCCAGCAGAUUUUCGCCCUUCGGAGAAACCCUUCCGUUGCACCCGAGGAAAACGUCGGGCAAUUCAGGAGACAGCCUUCGCGGGUGAUAUUCGCGUAGGAUUUUAACCGCCUUUGCUUGUUGCUGCUGCUGCCCGAAGAGCAGCCCGGAGCCUCCCCGAUGCAGGCGCGGCGGGGAUGGUCUUCCCCUCGGUCCUCCAGUUGCGUGUCUGCUCUAAAUGCCUGCAGGACAGAAAACUCCUGAAUCUUGCCAUGGGAUCCCUGUGCGUGCGGAGAGGAGGCCUCCUUUAAGAUGGGGAAUAAGCAGACGAUAUUUACAGAUGAACAGCUGGAUGCCUACCAGGAUUGCACUUUCUUCACACGAAAGGAAAUCCUUCGGUUGCACGGCCGCUACCAUGAACUGGCACCAAACAUGGUACCUAUGGACUAUACGAAGAAUCCAGAUGUUAAACUGCCUAUGCAGCUUAUAGUGAACAUGCCAGAGCUAAAGGAGAACCCCUUCCGGGAGAGGAUUGUCCACUCCUUUUCUGACGAUGACGAGGGGAGCCUCAGCUUCAAUGACUUUGUUGACAUGUUCUCUGUACUCAGCGAAACGGCCCCUCGAGAGCUAAAAGCAAUCUACGCCUUCAAGGUCUAUGAUUUUAACACAGACAACUUCAUUUGUAAAUCUGAUCUGGAACAAACCCUCAACAAUUUAACGAAAGAAGAGCUCACAGAGGAAGAGGUGAGCCUGGUCUGUGAAAAAGUAAUCGACGAAGCUGAUAUGGACGGUGAUGGCAAGCUCGGAUUUUCUGAUUUUGAAAACAUGAUUUCCAAAGCACCUGAUUUCCUCAGCACCUUCCAUAUACGAAUCUGAAAAUGUUGGGCUGAGCUGCUGGGAAUAAUUUGACGCCUAUCCUGCCUCUCCAAAUCUCAAGCACUGUGUGUGUUUGCAGGCCUACAUGUCCGCCUCCUCCUCUGAAUUCUGUAACAGAGGAGUGAACAAAUCACAAGUAUCACAGUAACGAAGAGAAGAAGCUGUUUCUCUGGAAUGAACCUGUGGAGACAUUUGGCUCCCCCCACCUUCACCGUUGGCCAGUGAUGUGGCAGGCAGAUGAAAAGUUGUGGGAUGGCCACAUUGUUUUGACCAGACCAGAUGCUGCUCAGUGUGUCUCCCUGUGAUUUUUAUAUUUGUAAAGAUUUGAUAUUG